GUGGCUGGUGAUGCAAGUCAUUUAAAACCUAUCGCACCUGCCCCUUCUCGUGCGACUGCCCCAGUUGAUAGACAGUGUGACUUUUUAGUAGAGCUCGGCAACCAACUAACAAAGAAGUCGAGCGCUGACAUCAGUUUGAGGCAAUCAUGCCUUCAUGAGCAUUGCACAUCUCGUUACGCAUUGGUAUCAAUCCAUGGCAUUUGAACAAAACGACUGUUUUGCUCAGGAUUAUAAGAGGUCUUUCCGCCCCCAGGUGCUAAGUUUCAGCCUUGUCGAACACAUCUUGGCAUGUGGUGAUGGUACAACAUGCCAGCCUGCCCUUCAUCCCUUAUAAAGAGAAUCGUUGCUCUUCUCUUCGCACUGUUGCCAUUCUCGGUAAUAGUUUGCAAGGCGAUCGAGUAUUUGAAAGUCCUAAAACAUCUACUUAUUGUAUCGUUCGCCUCAUCAAAUCGACGACAUGAAUCGCAAGGCUGUGCCUAGAGCACAUGGGCAGACUGAGCUACCAAAUUGGAGUUCGAAUGCUCGGCUGUUAGACGUUGAACCAGUGGGGAGGAAAGAGACUUCACCUCAACCACAGAACUCGAGAUUACGGGACUUCACAAGACACGUCCGUCUCUCAAUGCCGAGUAAUAUUAUCGGCAAAGCUCUACCUUGGCAGUCGCCUUUAGAGCAACGCAAAGUGGCUUUAUACAAGAGUCGACGUAUGGCAGCUCUGAACAGCUUGCUCCAUGUGAUACCUUUAGCAGGAGCGAUUGUCUUGUUAUUCUUUCACUGGACGAAGUACUGGGUAGGUGGGGCUCUCGCUAACGUCACGACGCUGCAAUUUGCAGCUAAGGCCCACGAGCUUUUCAUGCAAGCCUCACUCCUAGACAUCCUUUGCUAUAUCGUCCGAGCCCAAGCACUUGGAGGUUACCUUCCACUUGGUGCGCUUACAGCAGCGGCUCAAGCACCCCAACUAUCAUAUCUGUGGUCGUUGAACUUCAUUUCGGCUAUCUGCACUCCGGGGUAUAGUGCGUGGCGCAAACUCACGUUUUCUCUGUCGAUAUUGACGCUGCUCCUUAUGACUGCAGUCGUUGGCCCGUCCUCGGCGAUCUUGCUGAUACCUCGACCAAACAUGCCGCACACCAACAGUGUCACGAUCCGGUACCUGAAGACUUCUGAGGCAACUCUAUUUCCUGAUCACUUGAACAAUACACAUUACCUCGACUUUGCAAGACAGGCCGAGACUCAAGGUGCCAUCCCGAUGGGCACUGAACAUUCUUCCAAUGGUCUAGAGUCUCGAUCUACUAGCCUAUUGGUGACCGACUUGGAUCCUACUCGCCCCGAUAAUGGGGACGUCUUACGAGUUGGUCUGCAACUGGAUGUUUUAGAACCCCAAACCAAGUUGCACAUCGCUAAUUGGUCUAUCGGGGCCUUGCCGACGGUAUUGAGCACACUGCAGCUACGAAAUCACAGCUCAAUACCCAAUGUUGUCAAUGCUGAUUACAGAGACUUAAUGUCUGCCAACGCAAACUGGACUCUUCAGACCACACAGCCUGUGGUUAUGGUAGCUUGUACAACCUCAUUCAACACAACCGGGGAAAUUGCUUACUACCGGACCGACGGGUUGAGAUACAUCCUCACCGAAGCAGACGAUCUGUACGCAGAACUCCGAUCCGACAAGUCUAAAGACCGUUCAUCUCUUUGGAUACCAAUGCCGCAGGAUUCAACGUCAGUACUUGGACUGUUCCAGACACGAACGGUACUGAAAAAAGAGUAUUAUCAUGUUUGUACUGUGUCGCCUUUCUGGUGGACGGCUACAACAUCACUGACUCCCGGCAAGUCAGGAAUUCUUGCGCAAACUGACUGGCCUGAGAGGAGAGAGGUCAUGGAAAACAAAACCUUAAGACCAAUUACUAUUGAUCCUGAGGGAAUUCCCUCAAUGGGUACAAUAGACAUCAAUACAUGGUCGCAAGCCCAUGAACAGAGAAAGACCGUGCUAGCACUCUUCCUAUCUGCACUUUCACAACUUCCCGGUCAGAACAAUGCCGAGGUGAAAGACGACACCGAUGAAUUGGGCGGCUAUAUCGAUCCAGAUGAUGAACUUGGUUUGGGCGAAAGCAACAUCGACAUUGCUGAUAACGGUAUCCCGGAAGAUCUCUACACAGGAUACAGUCAAUCGGAAGUGGGCGACACCACGUCUUCUAUGUCUUUCAGGGUCGAUGCAUUCAUUUAUGGUCUCGGCUACGGUUCGACUCAGGUCUUGUUUGGCGUUUCAACCGCAGUCAUGAUCACCUACUGUCUAAUCACACUCCUUUACCUCACAUAUAUCAACAUCACAGGCCAUACAUCGUUGGCAUGGAACUCAGCCACGGAGCUUAUCAUGCUUGCACUCCAGUCUAAGGACCCAGGCGACUUGGGACAUAUAUCGGUUGGUAUUGACUCAAUGGAAACGUUCCGCAGGAGUGUUGGCAUCAGAGUCAAUACUGUCAUUGUCGGCGACACGGAGGCACCGAAGCCACGGUUGGAGCUAGUCUUUGAGCAUGACACGAGCAAUGAUGAUAGGGUGUUGACGAAGGUUGAACGGAACAAGGCUUACUGAGACGGGUUCAUCUCGGUUUCUGUAGCGCUGUCCCGAGUCCGGACCUGCACCCCAUAUAACGGUAGUCUUGGUCGACCGAUAAUCUUGAUAGCACUCUUUUCAUGAGUGGUUUACUUAGCAGUUAGCGCUGUGGCAGGCAUGGUGUCACUUGCUUCGAAUCUUCAUGCGGCUUUUUCUUUGCACCUAACCGCAAUUUUCAAAGUA